AUGCCCGCAACUAAAAAGGAAUUCGUGCUGGCGCAUAUUUUCAAGAAUGUUUCGAAAUUGGAAGAGGGCAAACAUUUAUUCAGUCCCAGAGAAGAGCAUUUCAAUGCUCCAUGGAAUAUGUCAAUUUCCCACGAGAAGGAACAUUUGGGAAUUUUCCUUUACUGCAACAAGGCGAGAAAAAGCGAAGAAAAGUGGUCCAUCGAUAUCAGUUUCAGCUUCACACUCAGAAAUUCUUGUGGAAAACGAAUAAUAUUUUCGAAUAAUACUUUCAAAUUUGAAAGUUCCAAUAAUUUUGGAUACGGAAAACGAGAGUUUUGUCGCUGGGAUACGCUGAUAAAGGACUACCUGAUCGAUGACGUCAUCAUUGUUGAAGGCACGGUCAAGCUCGUUAAAAUGAGUGGAUUCCCGAAGAAAAUGCUUAAAGAAUUGAAAAAUCGAAUGAAAAGUUUUUCCGAUGUGGUUUUGGCAGUUGGAGAUAAAAAGUUCUUCGUUCUUAGGAAGUUCCUCGCCUCCCACUCCACUUACUUCGAGUCUCUUCUUCUCGGAAAUUUCGCAGAAGCCGACAAAUCAGAAGUCACCCUUCAGGACAUCAACUCCUCGGAUUUUCAGAACCUCCUGGAGGUUCUAUACGGAGAACCCGCUAUUGAUGAUGAAACCAUCGAUGGAAUUCUUCAUUUGGCCGACUUCUUCCAUAUGCCUGUUGUAAUUCGAAAGUGUGAAGAGUUUUUGAUCGAUAAAUCCGAGAAAAUGAUGAGAGACGUGCUGAAAAUCGCCAAGAAGUAUCGGCUGGAGACUUUGAAGAGCGCAUCUCUUUCAAAAAUCAAUACCGCCGAUGAAAUCAAGGCGGCGAUGGCAGGCGAUCUUUCAGAAAUGGAUCAAGCUGUCGUGCAUGCUCUUCUCCAAAAAUCCGUCGCUCUUCAUUGA